AUGAUGUCAUCAGAGGAGUACGAGGCGGACUGUUUUGGUUUGUACAGCGAUGAGAACAACGUGCUGCUGAAGGCAACCGAGCCGGAGACAACUUCCACCAAGCAGCAACAUCAGCCACAGUUACAACAGUUACAACAGCAACAGCAACAGCAACAGCAGCACCAUCAGCAACCACCGCCGAGCAGCAACGGUCACACGUCACCAAUACCCUUACAAGUCAACGGCGACGGCAGCGCGGCGAAUUGCGGCGAGAGCGCCAAGACUAAUACAAAUACAAAUACAGGCAGCCACAGUCACAGUUACAGCAACAGCAACAGCGGCCACACCAACACAGACGCAGACAAGGAGCAAGAGCGAGAGAAGGCGAAGGAGAAAGCGAACGAAGAGGAAGCCGAGUCCGACGAUUCCGACGACGACGUCGUGGUUGUGCUCGAAGGCUGCGAAGGCAACGCCAGCAGCAGCAGCAGCAGCGCCAGCAACAGCAGCAGCAACAGCAACGCCAGCAGCAACAACCAUAAGGCAGCGGCCACGACGACGACGACGGCGACGACGGCGAACCAUUGUAAUCGCAGUGGCGGCAGCAGUCGCAGUCAUCGCAGCGCUCGCAGUAGUCGGCAAAUCAGUCAGUCAACGGCCGUCGGCAAGACAACAACGUGCGCGGCUAAAAAACCAACAGCAGCAGCACAGGCGACAGGCAAGAACACGAACGUUAACUCGCACUGGCACUUGCACUCAAACUCAAACUCGAAUUCGAACUCGAACGUGAACGUGAAUUCAAACGGUAGCGGAAACGGAAACGCGAACAGUAAAGUGAAUCGUCGUUCGCGCCAAAGAUCCUUGAGCAAAGACAUUAACAAUCAGCCAGCGAGCAGCAAUAGCAACUGCAAUAGCAAUAGCAACAGUAGCAACAACAGCAACAACAGUAACAACAGCAGCAACAGCAACGGCGGAGCAACGGCAACCGCUGCUGGCUUCAUGAGUAGCGCUGCCGCGGCUGCUGCGGGUGCCGCUGGUGGAGGAGCCCUGUUCCAACCACAAUCGGUCAGCACGGCCAACAACAGUAGUAGCAACAACAAUAAUAAUAUAAACAAUACAAACACACCGGCUACUAUUGCCACCCACUCGCCCACGAGCAAUUCACCAGUUUCGGGCGCCAGUUCGGCAUCGUCCUUGUUGACGGCCGCCUUUGGCAACCUGUUUGGUGGCUCCUCGGCCAAGAUGCUGAACGAGCUGUUCGGCCGCCAGAUGAAGCAGGCCCAGGACGCAACGAGUGGCCUGCCCCAGAGUUUGGACAACGCCAUGCUGGCCGCCGCCAUGGAGACGGCCACCAGUGCCGAGCUGCUCAUCGGCAGCCUCAAUUCCACGUCCAAGUUGCUGCAGCAGCAGCAGCAGCACAACAACAACAGCAUUGCUCCCGCGAACAGCAGCACGCCCAUGAGCAAUGGCACAAACGCAUCGAUCUCGCCGGGAUCGGCACACAGUUCCAGUCACUCGCACCAGGGUGUCUCGCCCAAGGGUAGUCGCCGGGUAUCGGCCUGCAGUGAUCGCUCCUUGGAGGCGGCAGCGGCCGAUGUUGCUGGUGGCUCGCCGCCACGAGCGGCAUCGGUCAGCUCGCUGAACGGCGGAGCCAGCAGUGGGGAGCAGCACCAGUCGCAGUUGCAACACGACCUGGUGGCGCAUCACAUGCUGCGCAAUAUACUGCAGGGCAAGAAGGAGCUGAUGCAGCUGGAUCAGGAGCUGCGCACCGCCAUGCAGCAGCAGCAGCAGCAACAGCAGCUGCAGGAGAAGGAGCAGCUGCACUCCAAGCUCAACAACAAUAAUAACAACAACAUUGCUGCCACCGCCAACAACAAUAACAACAACACCAUGGAGAGCAUCAAUCUGAUCGACGACUCGGAAAUGGCCGACAUCAAGAUCAAGAGUGAGCCCCAAACGGCUCCGCAGCCCCAGCAAUCGCCGCACGGCAGCAGCCACAGCAGCCGGAGUGGGAGUGGCAGUGGCAGCCACAGCAGCAUGGCCAGCGAUGGCAGUCUGCGACGCAAGUCCUCCGACUCCCUGGACAGCCACGGGGCGCAGGACGAGGCUCAGGACGAGGAAGAUGCCGCGCCCAAUGGCCAGAGAUCCGAGAGCAGGGCUCCGGAGGAGCCACAGCUGCCCACCAAGAAGGAGUCCGUGGACGAUAUGCUGGACGAGGUGGAGCUCCUGGGCCUGCACUCGCGCGGCUCCGAUAUGGAGAGCCUCGCCUCGCCCAGUCACUCGGACAUGAUGCUGCUGGACAAGGACGAUGUCCUGGACGAGGACGACGACGAUGACUGCGUGGAGCAGAAAACAUCCGGCAGCGGAUGUCUCAAGAAACCCGGCAUGGACUUGAAGCGCGCUCGCGUCGAGAACAUUGUAUCGGGAAUGCGAUGCAGUCCAUCCUCCGGAUUAGUGCAAGCAGGACAACUGCAGGUAAAUGGCUGCAAGAAGCGCAAGCUCUACCAGCCCCAGCAACACGCCAUGGAGCGCUAUGUGGCCGCCGCAGCUGGUCUGAACUUCGGCCUAAACUUACAGAGCAUGAUGCUCGACCAGGACGAUAGUGAGUCCAAUGAGCUGGAGUCCCCGCAGAUCCAACAGAAGCGUGUGGAGAAGAAUGCCCUCAAGUCCCAGUUGCGAUCCAUGCAGGAGCAGCUCGCGGAGAUGCAGCAGAAAUAUGUGCAGCUGUGCUCGCGCAUGGAGCAGGAAUCCGAGUGCCAGGAACUUGACCAGGACCAGGAUGUGGAACAAGAACAAGAGCCGGACAAUGGCAGCAGCGAUCACAUCGAGCUGUCGCCCUCGCCCACUUUGACCGGCGAUGGUGACGCCAGUCCCAACCACAAGGAGGAAACUGGACAGGAACGACCCGGUUCCAGCUCGCCCUCACCAUCGCCCCUGAAGCCCAAGACAUCGCUGGGCGAGAGCAGCGACUCGGGCGCCAACAUGCUGUCCCAGAUGAUGAGCAAGAUGAUGUCCGGCAAGCUGCACAAUCCGCUGGUGGGCGUGGCUCAUCCCGCCCUGCCCCAAGGAUUCCCUCCACUGCUGCAGCACAUGGGCGACAUGUCGCACGCGGCCGCCAUGUACCAGCAGUUCUUCUUCGAGCAGGAGGCGCGCAUGGCCAAGGAAGCCGCCGAGCAGCAGCAACAGCAGCAGCAACAGCAACAACAGCAGCAGCAGCAACAGCAGCAGGAGCAACAGCGACGCUUCGAGCAGGAGCAACAGGAGCAGCAGCGCCGCAAGGAGGAGCAGCAACAGCAGAUCCAGCGCCAGCAGCAGCACCUGCAACAGCUGCAGCAGCAGCAGAUGGAGCAGCAACAUGUGGCCACUGCCGCCCCCAGGCCGCAGAUGCACCACCCGGCGCCCGCCCGCCUCCCCACACGAAUGGGCGGGGCUGCUGCCCACACGGCCCUCAAGUCCGAGCUGUCGGAAAAGUUCCAAAUGCUGCGCGCCAGCAACAACAGCUCAAUGAUGCGCAUGUCGGGCACGGACCUGGAGGGACUGGCCGAUGUGCUCAAGUCCGAGAUCACCACCUCGCUGUCCGCCCUGGUGGACACCAUUGUGACGCGCUUCGUCCACCAACGGCGGCUGUUCAGCAAGCAGGCGGACUCCGUGACCGCGGCUGCCGAGCAGCUGAACAAGGACCUGCUGCUGGCUUCGCAGAUCCUCGACCGGAAAUCGCCGCGCACCAAGGUGGCGGACAGGCCCCAGAACGGACCCACGCCCGCAACACAAUCAGGUAAUAAUGGUUCACUACUCCUAGCUAAUAGUCAAAUGCCCUCCCAAACGCCCGCGAGCGGGGCGAGUGCGCAGCAGCAACAGCAGCAGAAUGCACAGCAGCAGCAGCAGCAGCAUCAGGGCUCGCAGCAGCAGCAACAGAAUGUGGUGCAGCAGCAGAGUGUGGCGCAGCAGCAGCACAUGCAGCAGCAGCAACAGCAGCAGUCGCAUCCAUUGCUGCCGCCCAACUGCCAACAGUUGAUCUCCGCCCCCCGCCUAAAUGGCAGUCAGUUAUCCUUCGCAUCGCCCGCCGCUGCUGCAGCCGCUGCCAUGGGUCUGCAGAUGCACCAUGCCGCCGCAGCAGCAGCAAUGUCCGCCCAGCAGCAGCAGCAGCAACAGUCGGGGGAUCCCGGCGCGAAUACUAACCCCAACAGCGGGCCAGCGAACCCCACUAACAGUAGCUUAAGUACCCUUAAUAUACCGCCACCUCACAUUCGUCCUUCGCCCACAGCGGCUGCCAUGUUCCAGGCGCCCAAAACGCCACAGGGCAUGAAUCCGGUGGCCGCCGCCGCGCUCUACAACUCGAUGACCGGACCCUUCUGCCUGCCGCCCGAUCAGCAGCAGCAGCAACAGACCGCCCAGCAGCAACAGUCCGCCCAGCAGCAGCAGCAGAGCUCGCAGCAGACGCAGCAGCAGCUGGAGCAGAACGAGGCCCUCAGCCUGGUGGUGACACCCAAGAAGAAGCGCCACAAGGUGACCGACACGCGCAUCACGCCGCGCACCGUCAGCCGCAUCCUUGCCCAGGAUGGCGUGGUGCCGCCCACCGGAGGCCUGCCGUCUACCCCGCAGCAGCAGCAACAGCAGCAGCAGCAACAGCAACAGCAGCAGCAACAACAGCAACAGCAGCAGCAACAGGCGUCGAAUGGCGGCAACAGCAAUGCCACGCCCGCCCAAAGUCCGACAAGGAGCAGCGGAGGAGCCGCAUACCACCCGCAACCGCCGCCACCACCACCACCCAUGAUGCCCGUGUCCUUGCCCACCUCCGUGGCCAUACCAAAUCCCUCGCUGCACGAGUCCAAGGUCUUCUCGCCGUACUCGCCGUUCUUCAAUCCGCACGCAGCCGCUGGCCAGCCAACGGCGGCCCAGCUCCAUCAGCACCACCAGCAGCACCACCCGCACCACCAGUCCAUGCAGCUGUCCUCGAGUCCGCCGGGCAGCUUGGGCGCUCUGAUGGACUCGCGCGACUCGCCGCCGCUGCCCCACCCGCCGUCGAUGCUCCAUCCCGCCCUGCUGGCCGCCGCCCACCACGGCGGAUCGCCGGACUACAAGACCUGCCUGCGGGCCGUCAUGGACGCCCAGGAUCGCCAGUCCGAGUGCAACUCGGCCGACAUGCAGUUCGAUGGCAUGGCUCCUACUUCUUCUACAUUGACACCGAUGCACCUGCGCAAGGCCAAGCUGAUGUUCUUCUGGGUGCGCUAUCCCAGCUCCGCGGUGCUCAAGAUGUACUUCCCGGACAUCAAGUUCAACAAGAACAACACAGCACAAUUGGUGAAAUGGUUCUCAAACUUCCGAGAAUUCUACUACAUACAAAUGGAGAAAUAUGCACGACAAGCUGUCACCGAAGGCAUCAAGACACCCGAUGAUCUGUUGAUUGCUGGAGAUAGUGAAUUGUAUCGCGUGCUCAAUUUGCACUACAAUCGCAAUAACCACAUUGAGGUACCCCAGAAUUUCCGCUUCGUGGUCGAAUCGACUCUGCGGGAGUUCUUCCGUGCAAUACAGGGUGGCAAAGACACCGAGCAGUCGUGGAAGAAGUCCAUAUACAAGAUCAUCUCGCGCAUGGACGAUCCCGUGCCCGAGUACUUCAAGUCGCCCAAUUUUUUAGAGCAGCUGGAAUAAGUGGAGGAGUUGGCGCUGCCGACGCUGCCAUUGCCGCACCCACUGGGAAUGCCACCGCCCAUCAGUCCGGCCUCCAUCUCCACCACCUGCAGCACCGCUACCACCACCAACUCCAGGCCCGGCAGCAGCCAUCCGAAGGCGAGGCGCAGGCCAAAGCUAAAAGGCUAAACCUGCGCAGGAAACACGACUGGAUAUGACCAGCUACCAGCUACCCAGCAAUAAAAUCGAGGAUAAACACGAGUAUCCACACACAGGGCAGAAACUUAGACAUAGCUGAGAGAUAUGCAAAAGCACACGAGUCGAAAACGCGUUUAGAAAACACAUUGAGCAAAAUAUUUUUUCAAAAAUUUCCAAAACCACACAACUAAACACACACACACACAUACAAUUACAACACACAUGAACCUCAGCAAAAGAGCGACAAGAACAUGAAGCAUGUGGGCCACGGAUAUGCAAGUCCGGUGGGCCAAUUGAGCAAAACCAAAACUUAACAUAGAGCAGCAAGUCUUAAUCUAAUAAUGUGAAAUAGUGCAAAUUGAAAGAAAACCUGAGCCACACACCUGAGAACACCCACACACCGAGCGUAAUUUACAGGCAGUGUAAACUGUACUCGCCGUUGGUUUGUUAGUUGAAAUUUUUUUGAAAAUAUUUACAGCAGAUUACGUAUACGUAUGAAUAUUUAACAAAUAGUUGAGCCGUCUAAUGAUCUACCGAAAGUUGACACACAUUCCACAAGGAAAUACCUACACAAUAACCACACGCAUUCCACGCACACACACACACACACAGAAACACACACGCUCGCAUCGGUACAAAGUGUGUGUUCAUUUGAAAGCGAGAGAGAGAGAAAAUCGCUCGGCCAAACGGAAAUGGUUUUUAUCGCACUGCUUGGCCGACCGACUUUCCGGUAAGCAGUUUCCCCGCCCAGUUGCGCACUGCUUUACAAAAGCAGGCGCAGCUCCGACGGCCGGAAAUCGGGAAUUAAUCUUAAAAGUUUAAAAGUCACCCGAUCACUAAGGUUGCUACUUCCCUAUAUCCCCCAUUUAAGCGCUAAGCAUAUAUUCGAUGUCUAUUAAGCGAAACUAAAAGCAAAAAACUAUAAAAAAAAAGUUAAGAAAUUUGCGAAAACUAUUUAGAUUUUUAAUGAGAGAGCCAGAGUUAUUUGUACGAACAGCGGGCGUUAGGGUAGUUAAAUUUACCAUCUUAUCUUUUACAAUACGUUAUGCGAACCUUCGACCAAAGUUAAUUGUUAACAUGAAUCCCUUGAAUACGAUUUAUUUUUAAUCAAUUCUUUUCCUUUAGUGCCCCACAUUUGAGCACGCAUCUUAAUUUUAUAGAAUAAUCGACAAACACACAAAAAACACACCACAAACAAAACACACACACACACUAGUCUGUUAUUUAUGUAAAUAAUUUAUACGUUUAGUUAAGUUAACGUUUAGUUUAAUUAAUUUACUUUACUUGGCCUUGAGUUGCAACAAAACAAAAUAUACACAAAACACCAAAAAUACCAAUUAAAAAUAUGGUUUUUUCUUACUCCUCAUUUUAAGAAUAUAUAUGUAUAUCUUAAUGGCCCCCAUAUCUGGCUGGCUGAGAUCGAUCAUGCACUUCUCACUCAUCAGCACAGCAGACACAGCAUGGAAAGUGGGCGGGUUUAGAGGGAUAUGUUUGCCUGCUCUCCGUCCGGCGACUUUUGGGGCUGGGGCGGGCAAACCCUGUUGUUCCUGCAGCUGCAAUAACUCAUCACCGAUUGCAACUGCAAAGCGACAACAGCAACAACAUCAUUAACUGCAUGCACAACAUUUGAAUAUUUGGCACAGACUAAAUCAUAUUCCUCGAACGAAACGAACGCAGCGAAAUCGACCAUUUCGGCCCAACAAUUGCUCCGAGGAGCUCCAUCAGCCAGCCAGCCAGCCAGUCAGUCUGUCUGUCAGUUACUAAGUCAGUUAGUCAGUUACUAAGUUAGCCAGCCCCGCACCCUAGCGCCCUCUGGUGGGAGUUUAGAUUAGAUGGAUGGGAACACCGCCACAAGGAGCAGACGAGAUCGCACCACAGCAAACCUUUCGGCCACAACAAUGAUCACGAAAUUAUUGAACAAUAGUUGAAUUUUAGCUAAAACUAAAUUGAAACGAACUAAGCGAGUUUUUUAGGCUAAACCAGAGUUCCCAUGGGGAAUGUGAGCUAAAUUUGAUUGCACUUUGGCGUCACUAUGACAAAAUUAGUCGCGUUUAAGACGGUGAGUUUCCUAAUCCGAGAAGCGAGAUCGAGUGGAAGAAGAAACUGAGGUUCUUCAAAACGAAAACGAAAUUGAAAGUGAAAUUCAAGUUUGGAUAAUUGAAAAAUAAGAAAUGCAUUUG